CAGCAACCAAUGAAAAGCUUUGAAGGGCGGGUCUUUAUUGAGCAGAGAUGAUUGACAUCAAGACUGAGCGCUCCGCUGGUUUUAUCUUAAGAGCGAUUGGCCACGUUCCUGCCACUCAUCUAGCGCUGGGACACACCCUUACUGCCCUAACGCCCAAUGGGCGCACGGAUUCCGAGCCGUGGGCGGGCCGAGGCAGUGUGGGCGGUGUCUGGAGGAGAGCGUCGCUGUCUCUCGGUUAUUGUUCAGUCGAGUCCGGAGUCUGGUGGUUGUGGGGAUUUGUGGCGGAAACGCUGUGCAACAAACUUUUUUUUUACCCCGUUCGCCGAGUUCCUGGAUUCACGGACGAGAUCGACUAUCUUUUUUCAAAGGUUCUUCUGAGGGGCUGGACGCUGACACCUGGAGGCUGCGAUGGCCAUGCAAGUGACCGAGUCGACGGAGAAGGUGCACCAGUGGCAGAUUGACUCUGGGAUCCACAGUGGCACCUCCACCACGGCCCACUCCAUGCGCGGAUUCCCAGAGGAAGACGCGUUCGAGACGAAGGGCUACACCAUCACCACGACCACCUACACCACAGAGAGCCCUGCAGAUGUGGAGUCCCAGCUCGCCCUGACGCGGGCGCAGCGGGUGCGAGCGGCCAUGUACCCGGAGACCGUGAUGGGGGAGACCAUCCUGUCCACGCAGAUCGACUCCAGCCAGCAGACCAACGUGCAGAAGCUGGCCGAGCCCUCGCAGCUGCUGAAGACGGCCAUCAUCCACCUCAUCAACUACCAGGAUGACGCCGAGCUGGCCACCCGCGCCGUGCCGGAGCUCACCAAGCUGCUGAACGACGACGACCAGGUGGUGGUGAACAAGGCGGCGAUGAUCGUGAACCAGCUGACGCGGAAGGACGCGUCGCGCCGCGUGCUGAUGCAGUCCCCGCAGAUGGUGGCGGCGGUGGUGCGGACCAUGCAGAACACCAGCGACAUGGAGACGGCGCGCUGCACCGCCAGCAUCCUGCACAACCUGUCGCACCAGCGCGAGGGGCUGCUGGCCAUCUUCAAGUCCGGGGGCAUCCCUGCCCUGGUGCGCAUGCUCAGCUCCCCCAUGGAGUCGGUGCUCUUCUACGCCAUCACCACUCUGCACAACCUGCUGCUGCACCAGGAGGGCGCCAAGAUGGCCGUGCGGCUGGCGGACGGCCUGCAGCGCAUGGUCCCCCUGCUGAAGAAGAGCAACCCCAAGUUCCUGGCCAUCACCACCGACUGCCUGCAGCUGCUGUCCUACGGCAACCAGGAGAGCAAGUUGAUCAUCCUGGCCAACGGUGGCCCUGAAGGGCUGGUGCAAAUCAUGCGCAACUACAACUACGAGAAGCUGCUGUGGACAACCAGCCGUGUGCUGAAGGUGCUGUCUGUGUGUCCCAGCAACAAGCCGGCCAUCGUGGAGGCAGGUGGGAUGCAGGCCCUGGGGAAGCACCUGACCGGCUCCAGCCAGCGGCUCAUGCAGAACUGCCUGUGGACUCUGAGGAACCUGUCCGACGCCGCCACCAAGCAGGACGGGCUGGAUGGGCUCCUGCAGGUCCUGGUGUCCCAGCUGGGCUCGGACGACGUCAACGUCCUGACCUGCGCCACGGGCAUCCUGUCCAACCUCACCUGCAACAACAGCCGCAACAAGACGCUGGUGACGCAGAGCAACGGGGUGGAGUCGCUGAUCCAUGCCAUCCUGCGCGCCGGCGAGAAGGAGGACAUCACCGAGCCUGCCGUCUGCGCCCUGCGCCACCUGACCAGCCGCCACUCCGACGCCGAGGUGGCGCAGAACGCCGUGCGCAUGCACUACGGCAUCCCUGCCAUCGUCAAGCUGCUCAACCAGCCAUACUACUGGCCCGUCAUCAAGGCUGCUGUGGGUCUAAUCCGGAACCUGGCGCUGUGCCCGGCCAACCAGGCCCCCUUGCGUGAUGCGGGCACCAUCCCGCGGCUGGUGAACCUGCUGGUGAAGGCACACCAGGACGCCCAGCGCCAGACCACCUCCAGCGCCCAGCAGACAUACCAGGACGGCGUGAGGAUGGAGGAGAUCGUGGAGGGCUCCACUGGCGCUCUGCACAUCCUGGCCCGUGACCCCAUCAACAGGAGCGAGAUCGCCAGCCUGCACACCAUCCCUCUCUUCGUGCAGCUCCUCUACUCGCCCAUCGAGAACGUGAAGCGCGUGGCGGCUGGCGUGCUGUGUGAGCUGGCGCUGGACAAGCAGUCGUCCGAGGAGAUCGACGCAGAGGGCGCCUCCGCCCCGCUGAUGGAACUGCUGCACUCCAACAACGAGGGCAUCGCCACCUAUGCCGCGGCCGUGCUCUUCCGCAUCUCCGAGGACAAGAACUCCGACUACCGGAAGCGUGUUUCCGUGGAGCUGACCCACUCUCUGUUCAAGCACGACCCCGCCUCCUGGGAGAUGGCCCACAAUGCUGUGCAGAUGGAACCUGUCUAUCCUGGCGACGAGCCUGACGCCGGCUUCAACGCCUACGGGUACCAGGUGGAGGGCAUGGGCAUGGGCAUGGACCACGUGGUCCUGGAGGGAGACAUGGGAAUGCACAUGCCGGACGAUGAGUUCCUGCACGACGGCUACGACAGCAUGAACAGGCAGGGGUACUCCGAGCAAUACUAGCCCAGCUGCAGGUCGAAGGUGAGGGUGCAGGGCUGACGCCGGGGAGAUGGGCGACAGGCGGCGGUGAGGCGCAGGGCGGGUGACCUGACAAGCCCCGCUUCCACGUCGGAAAGGGGGUGGGGGGUGGGGGGGGCUGCAGGAAUCGGGGUUUACUUCAAACACUUCUGUUCCUCAUUUUUCAAGCCAUUUUAUUAUAUUCCAAAAGAAGCUUUAACCUUUUUUUAGUUAUUUGUUGAAAUACCUUUGUACUGUUUUUAUUUUCUGUUUGUCUGGAACCGAGGGCGGCUGGCUGAAACAUGUCAGACCCUGUACGUGGAAAGAGGAGCAAAAAGUUUUUGUUUUGCUAAAAACGACAAAUCCAGCCUUUGAUUUAUGUUUUAACUUAGCUGUAUUUAACACCUGAUGUGUGUUUUUUUUUUUACUAAACCUGAGAACACAAGCUUGUAAAUGGCUACUCGUCCAGUCUGUAAGCGAAUUAACACUCUGGCUUCGCCGUGCUCGUCCCGCACGCGGUCCGGUCCUGGACGGGCACAUGCCCAGGACGGGACGUGCGUCUGAAAGCGAAGCUGUGAAGGUGGACAGUGGACUGGGCUCGGCUGGUCUCCCCGUCUUCCACAGGCAGGGAAACGCCUUCACAGCUGAAACUGUCCUCAUUACUGCUGAUUUGUAAGGAACCUCUGGUGAUUUUAGGGGUGGAAAUGUGUUUUUUGGGGGAGGAAGGGGGGGUGUUAUGCCAAAGAGAUUUUAUUUUGUGGCGAUAAUCCUAUUAAAGAAAGACGUUUUAAUCUUGUUUGGAUAGUUCUAAUGUCGACAGCAGCGGCUUGUUACUGCUGAGUGUCAGGCGCCUCGUGUCUGCUUGACAGCAGAGGCUCCUGUGCCAGGAGACUCUGGGUCUGUCGGUGUGCAGUCAGCUUUGUUCAACACAGCACUCACAAGCCUUUGCAAGAGCAGGUAAUCUGUUAUUUACUGUAUUGAAUGUGUGCAAUCCUAUGUUUUUUUAUGUAGUCCAGAAAAUUCUAUAUAGAGGAUCUAGACAUACUAAUGUCAAAUGACAUGGUUUUCUUGCUAAACCACUAACACUGAUUUUAUGUGCAUCUUGUAGGACCUCCAGAAAUGCUCUGUAUUCUUCUGAUUUUUUGUUUUUGAAUAGAUACAGCAGGGUCCCUCUUCUGAAUCUGUAUGUGCAAAUUGACAAUUUAAGUCUCACAAAAUCUAGACACCCAGUAGACUUUUCUACCUUCUGUUUUUUAAAUAUAGACGCAAGCUGUCGGCUUUGUACUUUGUUCACAAUUCCCUCCUGUUGUUAGAAGUGCGAGUAGCAGCAGGACUAGGUUGGUAGUCCCUGUUGCCCAGAGCUCACUGUGGGUCUUCUCACUGUUCUAUUCCAAACUGUCCUUGUUCUCAGUGAAGUGUGGGGAGUGUUUGCCUUCAGAUCUUAAUCGUGUUCUGAUGCGUGGAGAGCGUGUGUGGGGGAGAUGGAGGGCCUACAGGAACAGCCAAUUAUAAAUAAAACAAAAAAAAAACAUUUCCUGUCAACUUGAUUUCUCCACUAACACGGACCCUUGAUCAUCACAAGGUUUGAAAUGGAGUGAUGUUUCCUACUUCUGUACGUUUUGUAUAGAUCGUUAAAAUACACGUUUUAAAAAAACCCA